GUAGUUUACCCGUGUUCUAUUUACUGUUGAAAACAGGUAAAGUAAAACAAGAUUCCUCGAGUGACGAAAAUGACUGCAACGAGAGUAGUACCUAAGUUGUGAGAGUAAGAAACAGAGUCGCGGACGGCGGCCAUGGCGUCUGGAGGAGGAAGCAGCGGUGGAGGUGUGGAGUGGCACGUUAGGCCACCGAAUCCCAAAAAUCCAAUUGUCUUUUUCGAUAUAACCAUCGGUUCCAUCCCCGCCGGUCGUAUCAAAAUGGAACUCUUCGCUGAUAUCGCUCCUAAAACCGCCGAAAAUUUCAGACAGCUAUGUACCGGCGAAUACAGAAAAGCAGGGCUGCCUGUUGGUUACAAGGUUUGCCAAUUUCAUAGGGUUAUUAAAGAUUUUAUGAUUCAAGCUGGAGAUUUUCUUAAGUUUUUUAUCACGUGCACGAAAUGCGAGUGGCUUGAUAAUAAGCUUGUUGUAUUCGGGAGGGUGCUUGGAGAUAGUCUUCUCAUUGUUCGGAAGAUCGAGAAUGUGGCUACAGGACCAAACAACCGGCCGAAAUUACCAUGCAUUAUAGCUGAGUGUGGGGAAAUGUAAAACUAGUAAUUCAUUUUACACAUUUGCUGAGGAAGACUACCCAUAGAUGAAAUUGCUGUAAAACUUUUUUUUAACAAUUUUAUUAUAGUUUCUGGUUAUAUAUGCCAUUAUUUUAGAUAAUGGCCAAUCUAUAAAUAGGAGUAUAAUACACUUUAGUAUAUUCGAACUCACAUCCUUCUGUAUUGGCAAGUUAGUACUUAAUAAAACUUAUUUACUCUA